GGUCUAUGUAUUUUUAAAAUUUUUUUUAGUGGAUUGCAUUGCUUGCUUCAAUAGUAUAUUAAUCCAGUAGUGUACUAUCUAUUAAUCUAUGGCUUGCUCUACUAGAAGGCUUUGCACUUCUAGUUUUUUGUUGUUUCACCCAAAUUAAAACAUUCAAAGUUUUAUUGUUUAUGAACUCCUAGAGUUGCAGUGAAAUAUAGAGAUCUAUAUAGACAGUUUCAAAGGGAAGUUUAUCCUUAAAGGAAAAAUGGAUCACAUAUUUUCUGUAACCAAGAGAUCUGUUAAAACCUUAAAUGCAUCUAAAGUACAGAUUUUCAGCAGAGCUGAAAAAUCAAUAAUAUGUGCAAUCUCUUGUACUAAUGUUAUUGCAUUUACCACACAGAGCAACAUUGAAGAUAAUAAUUCUUUGUUCUUCAGUUCAAAUGUGUAUGUUGCUGAUUUGAAUAAUCCUUGGCAAAUUCACAGAGUCCUUUGUAACUCUUCACCGGUGACUGUACUUCAGUGGGACUUCACUGGGAAAUUGUUAUUAAUUGGUGAUGAAAAUGGCUUUGUUAGAAUAUAUACCACACAAGAUCAUCUUUUAAACGAGUGGCACUUACAUUUGGAAGUGCCCCUAGAAGGAGAACAUAUUUUGUCUGCAGCCUUUUUUCAUCCUGGAAAAAAGAUAUGCUUGAAUACAGACAAAAAAGAUAGCACCUGUUACUUCGACAAAUUUUCCCACAUAAAAUUCGCAUCUUCAGUAAAACAGUUUGGUGGUCGUCCAGCAAAUGGGGCACUUUUAUUGACUACAACAGGGAUGUUGGCCGCAGUUUUGUUGCCACAAGCAACCAGUCAAACUCCCAUGGUCAUGGCCACAGAAAGUCUUGGUCCUACUAGAAUUUUUGUUAAAACUGCUGAUAUUUGUUAUGGAAAAAAUGGCCAUUUUCUUAUUGCCGUUAGUAGUGGAGACCCAUCAAUGCCCGUUCAAUGUUAUACCGUUUCAGUUAAGAAGGUCGAAGAAAAAUGCGUGAUCACCAGCCAAUCGUUACUUAGUUUCUUUUUGUUUGAGGCGCCUAAGGAAGCUUUAAAGCAAGUAGUAAAAGACAAAAAUUGUCAUAUAAGCCACAUAAAGUGGAUAAUGCGCGAGGAUGCUGAUUCACUUGUAGUGGCCGCCAAUAGCGAAAACCAGAGUUGUUUGCAGGUGUGGGAACUGCGAGAAAAAGCACUUCCAGUACAUAAGUCGUUUGGAAAUGCUGAAUCGCCACAGUUUUAUAAUACAGUGCUUUGGCAAUACCAAUGCCAUUUUCAAUAUAGCAGUAAAGUAACAGCAUUAGAAAUCAGCAAAUUAAGCCUAAUUAACAACGUAUCGAGCGGAUAUAUUGUAGUGACUUUCUCAGAUAAUACCGUUCACUGCUUAUACCGAGAUACUCUUAAACCUAUAGCAAGCACUUCUUUGGUGGUACCACGGUAUCAUGAUGAGCCUCUUAAUAAAUUUCCUAAAUUAACAACGAAAAUUGCCAGUAUCGAUUUGUCUUGGCUGGGGAAUGUGUUGCUUAUUAUGGAUACCGACGAUAAUCUACAUCUCUUUAAGUUGCCACCACAAAUAGACAGCUCAACGUUAAGUGUACCAUAUUGUACUACAGUAUUAGAGUAUUGUCUGAUAGCAGGCUUAGACUGGCUAGACCUAAUGUUAGUCCUAAGACCGAGCAUGAUAGAAGCAGUCUGUGAUCGCUUAACUGAAAGCUUUAACCGUCAACCUCCAUUUAUGCAACAGUUUUUCUAUGUUCAACUAUUAUGUAUUAAAACUUCCUUAUACAGGCUCAGCGCCAACAGUCAAGCAAAAGCCAACGACCUGUCAAGCUUCUUAAUGCUGCAUAGCAUUUCAACCGCAUUUAAAAGUCUACUGAGGCCAAGCGAAAUGAAUAGUCAUGAAAAAAGUCCAGCAGAUUCCCUUUCAGAGCAGGCAGAAGGUCAAACAGACGUAGACAAGGUGCUCGUACACUUGGAAGCUAAAGAAUUCACAGUGGAGCCAUCGACUUUACAAAGUUUACAACAGCUUAUCCAAUGGGUAGCCGACUUAGCUUUAAAUUUACUUGUGAAGGUGCCCGACAGUAGACCCUCUAUCGGAAAGUCGUACGAACUAAUUAAGGAUGUGAAAGCUUUAAAUAUGUUGCGGGAAAUGCUCGUUUUUAUAAGGAUUUGGGGGUUAUUGAGACCUGCUUGUUUGCCGGUGUUUAUACGAUCUGAUGCUAGUAUGGACGUUUUAGCUUUGUUGUUUAGAUUACUUAGUCGAUUAGUGCAGAAUGUGAAUGAACCAGAUGAUGCGCUUGUAGAUGAUUGUUGUUUAUUACCGAGCCAGGUGCAAGUUCAGCAAAUGCAACCAAUUAAUACUAGGACAGCAUUAGCUUCUUCUCAGUUAUCGCAAAUCAUUUUGCCACUUCAGCUCGAGUUUAAUACAGAACCAGACUGUCUGGCAAUCCCUUGUGACUCGAAUGUCAACCAAACUAUUGAUUCUAUCAGACACUUGUACUUAGGGAAAAAACCACGGGCUUAUAAACAGUGCGUGAGAUGUGGUGCGACUGCGGGUACAACACCAGUUACCAGAACGGCUGCUAUUCGAGCUUGGGAUCAAAGAUGGCUGCAAUCUUGCCAGUGUGGUGGACAAUGGAAACUGCAAAUUUGUGCAACUUAAGUUGGGAUGUAAAUUAUAUACAAUAUAUAUAAUUAAUUUCACGUUAUAAAAUCUUUAAAAAAAGAUUGAUGGAGAAAUCAUGAUGUUUUAGAAUAAACAUUGCAUUGAUUCGUGUUGUUAUAGACAUGAAUGUAAUAGAUAUUUUAAAUUAUGUUUUUAAUAUAGUAUAUUUCAUAA